GCGCGUUUCUGAAUACAUCACACGCUGAGCGACAGAGACACGCAGGUUCAUUUGAGCGUAGUCUUCAUUUGGCGAUUUUUAUUUCCACUCGUUUUUGCAAAUCCGACCCACAUAUGGACAUACCGGGGAAUCUGUUCUGUUUUAAACCCCUCGACAUGAGAUGAAACCCGGAGGAGAUGUUAUGUUCACUAAAUAACGAGAAGAAGAGGACGCGCUAUUUGGGCACAUGAACUGAACGCACAUCACAUGCGCGGAAUAUAAAGAGGCCAAUCGACACUGGUUAUGGUUUUUCUUUAUCAUCCUUUCAUUUCAGGGUUGCUCAGAAUGCUUAAAUUGUAAGCCAUCAGUUUAAAUGCAUAAUAUAGCAUCUGUUAAGCAGGCAUGCUGAUUCAUAUAUUGUGCAAUGGAUUUUGUAACCACACAGUAAGGGAAGUGUUUAGUGAAUUUAAGGUUAUAUACAGAGCAGGUUUCUUGUUAUGGGAUGUUUAAGCAAAUGAUGGUGGCACUCUAAAGCCAUUAACACCCCAAUGGCUGACAUUGGCAUACAUGCAGUAUAGGAUAUAAAAUAAUCUCUUUUCUCUUGACAUUAGGGUUAAUGUUGGAAUCUGUUUGUAUUGGUAUAAUUUGUUAAUUGGCAUUAGUAGUUUAUAAGUCUUAAUUUAGAAGACAAGACAAGACGGGGUACUUCACAGACCAUAAUCAGCUUAAGGUUUACGGCUGCUGUAGUUGGUGGCACUUCUGCAUCGUGCAUCUCCAUUGCUUUCCAGUCCCGGAGUGGCUUGUUAUUACAGUGUUUCUAAUAUAAUGGACCCCGAUCAUGAUGGUUCCUCCAGCGAUGGCAUGGAGAUGGAGACCAUGCCUGGCUAUAUGGAGCUCGUCACUAGAGCAUAUUCAGUCAUGUUCAGUGCCUUAAGAGACUGUGAAGUCUGCGGGCUGGAGCUGUCCAGAAGAACCUUGCUGGAUCAUGCCUACAUAACCUGGACGGAGAUCUUCAUGUUCUUCAUGUGCGCGGUCAUGUGGACGAAGGUGCGCAAGGGACUGACCGUGUACAUCUUUGAGCCCUUUGGACAAUGGUGUUGUAUCCAACCAAAAGAUAUCUCAAAGAUGCCGGAGAGUGCUUGGAAGCUGGUCUUCUACACAAUGUCGUGGUCAUACAGCACCUACCUUUUGUUUUUCACUAGCUAUUCCUUCUUUCAAAACCCCCCAUCUGUGUUUUACGACUGGAAGAGUGGGAUGUCGGUUCCCACUGAUAUCACGAUAGCUUACCUAAUCCAGGGCAGCUUCUAUGGCCACUCCAUAUAUGCCACCAUUUACAUGGACGCCUGGAGGAAGGACUCCCUUGUCAUGGUGGUGCAUCACUUUAUCACUCUGGCCCUGAUCACAUUCUCCUAUGCCUUCAGAUACCACAACAUUGGCAUUCUCGUUCUCUUUCUUCAUGACAUCAAUGACAUUCAGUUGGAAUUCACCAAGAUCAACGUUUACUUCAAGACUCGGGGAGGGAAAGAGUAUCUCAUCAAUGAUGUCCUGUCCAACAUGGGGGUUAUUAGUUUCAGCAUCACAUGGUUUUGGUUCCGUUUGUACUGGUUCCCCCUCAAAGUGCUGUGGGCUUCCUGUGUCACCAGCAUCCAGUCGGUUCCCCACAUCCCUUUCUACUUCUUCUUCAACAUACUCCUGUUUGCCCUGCUCCUCAUGAACAUCUACUGGUUCCUGUUCAUUGUGCUGUUUGUGGUGAAGGCCCUGACGGGCCAGAUGACGGAGGUAAAUGACGUCCGGGAGUACGAGGAUGAGUACCUAAAGGAGAAAAAAGACACUAAUGAUCAGAUGUCUACUGAAGGGUAAGCAAAGAAAUGCAGCAGUUGGUGGUUAGCACAGGUUUACAGCAUGUGCAUGUAACCAAGAGGAAGUCGUGUGGUCAACUAGCAGUUCAGGCAGAACUGAGAACUGUAGAGUCAACUACCUUGACUUCUUUUG